AUGAAGGCGGACGACCUACUUCCCCAAUCAGAAGAGGCCAAGUUCCUCAAUCAUCACCAUAAUGACAGGUGGACGCACCUCAAACCCGUGAUAGUCCCAUUGUACAUGGACUGCCGCGAUACAUUUGGAAAGACUAUGACAUACGCCAAGGUUGCAGCCUUCAUGAAGCUCCAUUACGACUUCCAUGCUACAGAGAACCAGUACAAGAACUGGUUUAAAAAAUGGGGCAUACAAAAGCGCACCCCUGGAACAGAGAAAGGCGACAUCGUUUCAGUACUUGGAAAAAGGCAACGACUUGGACAGAGCACCUCCAACGUUACCCUUCAGCAAGGAAAUUCUGAUAAGCAUAUCGACAAGAAACAGCUCGUAAGGUAUCUCAAAAGCGAAAUGCAGGCCUACAAGAACUGCAAGAUUGCACCAGGAGUAUUUUCAUCGUGGAGUUUGCCAUAUGCAGCAUGGAUCAAGACAUUUGAAAAACAACCUGAUCAGCCGUCUCCUUUCGGCACGAGUGUGCGAACACCGAAUUACAUGAGCAUCGAAAGCCCGGCUGCGAUAAGCCCCGGGAAAGAAAUAGCCGCGCCAUCCCCCGCGAUGCAACUGGUAGAAACGGAGAGGGCCCAGUAUCGAUCCAGCAUGUUGCUACAAGGCCAGCUUGACGCCCUCCUUACCUCCUUGGGGCGGGAUAAGCGCAUGGUUGUCCACAAUUUCUUCCACGACUUUUAUAUUCAUUCCAUUGUGACAGCUAAGUAUUGGGGAAAAGGACCUCGAGUCUGGUCCCCUGGGAUGAUCACUGCUCUACUAGGUAGUGAGAUGAGCCAGACUGCUCAGGGCAUUAGCAACUCAGCCUACUCGCCAGUCAGUAUAAUGAUUGGAAUGGGAAGUGAAGCACCCACCAACCUUUGUAGGUGGGCAAUUCAUGCGGAGAAGCAUGACUACGUACCUAUCCCGGAGGUGGCGAACGAAGACGAACUGUUUGACAUACGAAAUCCUAACUCUUGGGCAGAGUGGACUAACGAACAACUGUCAAGCGCGUCGUUUACCGAUUCGAUGCAGAACUCACUUGAAAACCACACAUUUUCACACACUCCUGUCGAAGAUCUACCAAUCUCGAUGAAUAUGAUUGCUUCCUCCGUCUCACAAGAUCCGCGUUGCUUGGAAAUUGAUGCCUGGAAGCUUGCUAUCAUCGCAGGCAAUAGAGAUCUCCUUGAAACUCUUCGUGACGAGAUCACAGAGACAAUCGGAGAAGAUCUUAAAGAUAUCCAUCCAUUCCACCUCGCAAUUGCCUUUUUGGAUGGUGCCAAGUCAUGCUGUGGUGUGUUCGAAGACCUCCUGGAAACGUUGAGCACAUUGCAUUACCGUGUUGACAACUUCGGGCAUACUGUCUUUGAUUCUCUAAUGGUAUCUAUACUCAGUUCGCAUACUAAUCUCCACCCUCAGGAGGUUAGUCCUGGAUUCCGCGAGAUGACUAGAUUCCCAGGAGAAGAAAAAGAUGUAUGUGGCCGUUGGGAUACCGAUUCACCAAUUAUUCGAAGACUCUUCGAGGAUGGCAAUGCCAGAAUCCCGGUCCAGUGGAAGCACCCGUUCUGUCAUACUUCAGUGCAGGCGAUUUGCCACGUGCUUAGUGGUUCGGUAGCCCAUUUUGGGCGCGUCCAGUCGGGUGGGUUAUUUGUUCGCUAUUGCAGCAAUUGUGGCCUGAAGCUCACGUUGGGCCCCUUCCACACGCUCAUUAUUGUCGCUGCCAGUUUGGCACGCAACGGUAUGGCUGGAGAAACAUUAUUUGGAGCUAUCGCAGUACUCAGUUGCCUGUUGAAGACGCGGUCGGUCAUAGGCGUGCUGGAAAAGUUUGAUGUGUCUGUGGAAGAUUUGUACGGGAUCGCGGAGCCCGGGCGAUGCUACCAUAAAUCUGUGGAUGCCUUUGAGUUUAUACAGAUAGUCCCUCGGGGCAUUAUCGAGCGGUGGAGCAGUGAAUGUCAAGUCGGGUGGGAAUGCAUGACCCAGAUCCUCCGAAUCGCUGCCGAAAUAGAAUCCGAAGAGGAAGAAGAGGACAUAAUAGUUCCUUGCGAGACAUGCGGACUUUACGACGCUCACUGCGGAGAGCCUAAGCUGGGUCUUCUGUGGGCCACAAUACAGACUGAGCUCCUCACAUAUCGAAGGCUUGAUGAAGGAAUGCCUUGGAUUUCGGCAAACUUUUCCAUGCAGGCUCUUGAGACAUUCCUCAAGACUGAUGGAGGAGAAUUCGACACGCCUCUUGUCAAAGAUGACAUGAUGAAACCACAUUCAGAAUGCGGCUGGUUCGUGGGGAAUCUUAACAUACCUAUUGCCGAAGAAGUAUGCAAUCACUUCUUCAUGAAUAUGGAAGAUCAUUCUAGAUCUUCAUUUUUGCCACGAGCAGAUUUUAUAUUUUUUUGA